ACCACAGUGCGCUCUUCAUCCUAAGUCCUAAGUUACCUCUUCAUCCUGAAUUACCAUCGGCUCACCAACGAUCUCAAUGAAAGCCGAAUGGUAGCAUUAUUAUAUCAUGCGCCAAACGCCCUUUAGGAACUUUUCCUCGGCUCGUUGCGUUGAGCCUAUAAGCCCGCUGAGUGUUAGCAUCCGAGCUCGAGCUGGCUGAUACCAUUGUUCCCGAAUCAGCCCAUACAUAGUUUUACUCUACAGAUGAAGAUGUGUGAAAAUCAGCACUAAGCUUCCUGCAAUGAGAGGUUACGGGUUUUUCGGCGCGCGCUACUGCCUAUGUGAGGGACAGUUCAAGCUAAAUCCCCUGAGCCUGCAGCCGCUGGCCAUUGGGCGGCGGAUUUAAUUGCGCUUUUCAUCCUAGCUCUACGGCCCUAUACUAGAGACAAUAGGGGUAGGAUAUGCUCCGUUUAAUAGGUGGUUGUUAUAUAUUAUGGUAAAGCUGCAACGCUGGGAAAGGAAAUAUGGGCGUUGGUGGUCCUUUUAUAAGAAAUUGACGAUACCGUAUGCAGAAGAACAACGGGAAUACUGGUCGGCAGAGUGCGGGAGACUCAAACCUUCGUGCAUACUGGUGCCUGAAUCGCCAGAGGAGCUAUCGAUGAUUGUGAAAACGCUCGGGGAGAAUAAUGAGACCUUUGCUGUAAAGAGUGGCGGCCACAACCCUAAUCGCCACUUCUCGAGCGUUGUUGGCGGCCCUCUUAUUAGCCUGAAAGGUUUCAACGAGAUCAACUACGAUGAAGCGUCGGGUACGGUGAGAGUUGGUGCUGGUAACCGCUGGACUGAUGUUGUCAAGGUCCUUGAACCCAAUGGUGUAACUGCCGUCGGAGGUCGUGUCGGACAUGUCGGCGUGGGUGGGUAUAUUUUGGGAGGCGGAUUGAGCUACCUGAGCACGCAAACUGGUUGGACUAUGAACACUGUCGUUGAGUUCGAUGUUGUUCUCGCAAACGGUGAAAUUGUCAAGGCAACAAGCUCUGAGAAUGUUGACCUUUUCAACGUCCUCCGUGGUGGUGGAAAUGCAUACGGAAUUGUCACGACAUAUACCCUAAAAGCACAUAAAAUUGGAAAAGUUUGGGGUGGGAACCUGAUAAUCGGUGUUGAUAAGACAAAUGAAGUCCUGGCUGCCGUGCGAGAUUUCACAGAGUACUAUCCAGAUGACAAGGCUGCCAUAAUUGCUACCCACAACAUCGGUGUCGCAGAUCUGUUGGAUGUCUGGUUGAUACUACUCUUCUACGAUGGCGAGACUCCCCCUCCCGGAACAUUCGACAACUUCACCGACAUUGGUCCAACCCUCAACACGGCCAAAACCCAAAAAUAUUCAGCUUUAGUGAGUGCCCAAGACGAACUUGUCAUCAACGGCAAGAUAGUCGACAUGGCAGUCGAACACUCUCCACUCCCUUGCGCCGCCAACCCGGAAAUCAUGCAGUCCAUCAACAACCACUUUGAAACUGUCACAAAGAAGAAUAAACUAGUCCCCGGUCUAAUGGGCACUUUAUCCCUACAACCAAUCCCUAAGCGUCUGGCCCGCCAUGCCAAGGAGAAUGGAGGCGACCUACUCGAUCUCGACGACUCUGUCGAUAGGCUGUUGAUAGAGCUUAACUAUUCGUAUACUUGCCCAUCAUAUGUGCCUCAGAUCGAGCGUGCGCUGAAGGCUGUCACGGACGCUGUCCGCAAGGAUACCCUAGAUCGGAUUAGAGAGGGGACGCUGCCCGAUGCGUAUCUGCCCCUUUUUAUGAAUGAUGCAAACCAUGCGCAGGAUUAUUUUGGUCGGCUGCGGCCUGAGACGUUGGAGUAUGCGAAGAGGAUAAGGGACAUAUAUGAUCCCCAAGGCUUAUUCCGUGAUCGGACGGGAGGGUUCAAGAUGUGAAUGAGGGUCGUAAAUAUUCGUGCCGUGGAUCCCCCUGCCGUCGAGGAUUCCUUUUUCGAUUUUCGUAAAUAUAGAUAUGUGUCUCUUUUGAAAGCAUGCAAAUCCAAGCUUAAAAAUGUAGUUUUAUAAAAUAUAUUAUUCACAUAAUUACUAUCCCAG